AGCGAGUUUUUGUUGACAUUAGUUCAUUGAUGUUCGUGGAGGUGGUUACAAAAGUGAUUCGUAUAUAAUGUGCGUCAUCAAAACUUUAUGUUGAGUUUUUGAUAGCUGUUUCAUUUAAAUUCCUCCCAAUUUUAUUGCAAAAGCAAAAAAACAAAACAAACGCAAAACAGUGUUGUGUGAUAGUGUUGAAAUACCGAGAGACAAAGGAGAGGCGUAACACUAGAGACCACAACCACGUCAUCGUCUGGCUCCGCCUAGCCGCUGUUGCAAAAAAAACAUGAUAGCGGCAAACAACCAUCGCAGCACUAACAAUGAUCCAACCGAGUCGUCAGAAUCGUCCCCUAUAACGGGGACAAACAAUGGAAGUUCGUCCAGGAUAAUCCGACAGUUCGGUAGCCUGUUUCAAUCGUCCACACCGCACACGGAAAACGCAGGCUAUGUUGAGUUUGGGAGCAUAUCCGAUCCGGAAGCUCAAUCCGGGCGAACGCUUGGCACAUUUGCCGGUGUGUUUUGUCCAGUAGCGUUGUCUAUGUUCAGUGCUUUGGUUUUUAUACGUGUUGGUUUCAUUGUUGGAAACGCCGGUCUGUACAUCACGCUGUUGCAAUUUGUGAUCGCCUAUGUCAUUUUACUGUUUACCGUUUCAUCUGUUUGCGCCAUUUCCACCAAUGGAGCCGUUGAGGGUGGUGGAGUUUAUUUUAUGAUAAGUCGCACACUUGGACCGGAGUUUGGUGGAUCUAUCGGGACGCUAUUCUUCCUGGCGAACGUUGUUGGAUGUGGGCUGGCGAUAACUGGAUGUGCUGAAGGUAUAAUUCAGAACGUCGGAUCGACAGAAGGACAAGGUUCGAUCCUCCCGGAUGGGAGAUGGUGGCGCUUUCUGUACUGCAGCUCCAUCAAUACGCUAAUGUUGCUUGUGGUGCUCAUCGGCGCGGAAAUGUUUGCCAAGACGUCUAUGAUGAUCCUAGGUGUGGUGGUCGUGUGUCUGAUAUCGACGUACAUAAGCUUCUUGUCGAAGAGUCCAAUGGAAGUGGCAAUACCGGCGGAAAAUAGUCUUGUUCAGAAUGCAACUCAUAAGGUGUUCGGGAACUAUACGGGAAUGAACAUCUACACUCUGGAGGAGAAUUUAUACAGCCACUAUGGACAGGACUAUACCUCAAAUGGGAACGAGGUGAAUUUCGCCGUCGUAUUUGGCGUCCUGUUUUCUGGUGUGACCGGGAUAAUGGCAGGAGCAAACAUGUCAGGCGAGCUUAAGAAUCCCUCACGCAGUAUUCCCGCUGGGACGCUUUCUGCAGUUCUAUUCACGUUCCUAUGUUAUAUCCUCCUGUCAGUAUGCAUGGCUGCAACAACGCCUAAAUUCCUGCUACAGAACAAUUUCUUAUUCCUCGGACCAAUCAACCUGUGGCCCACCUUCGUUACAAUUGGAAUCCUAACGGCUACAUUCUCCACAGGACUGAGUAAUCUCAUCGGAUCCAGUCGAGUGUUGGAGGCAUUAGCAAAGGACAAAGUGUUCGGCUCGUUGUUGAAUUUCGUAGUGAAAGGAACGUAUAAAAACAAUCCGAUAGCAGCCGUCAUCGGGAGUUGGGUUCUAGUGGAAGCCAUCCUCCUGAUAGGAUCGUUGAAUACGAUAGCCCAAAUCAACUCCGUCCUGUUCAUGUUGGCUUAUCUCGCAACGAAUCUUGCCUGUCUAGGAAUUGAAAUAACCGGAGCGCCAAAUUUCCGCCCCACGUAUAAGUACUUCACGUGGCACACAGCCUUCAUCGGUCUCGUUGGAACCGCUGUGAUGAUGUUCGUCAUAAACCCAAUCUAUGCUUCCUCCAGUGUCAUUCUAUGUCUGCUACUUGUGAUCGCCCUUCACCUGUUUUCGCCAGCCUCACAGGGCGUGCAAUGGGGUUCUAUCUCGCAGGCGUUGAUGUUCCACCAGGUGCGAAAAUAUUUGCUCAUGCUGGAUUCGCGCAAAGACCAUGUGAAAUUUUGGCGACCGCAAAUGCUGCUCCUCGUUUCCAGCCCACGAUCCAGCUGCCCGCUGAUACACUUCGUCAAUGAUAUGAAAAAAGGUGGCCUGUAUGUGAUUGGUCACGUGAAAAUUGGCGAAUUUUCGGAGAAUGAUUCCUCCAAUGAUCCUACAAUUGAGGAAUACACGCAGUGGCUGUCGCUGAUUGAUCAUAUGAAGGUUAAAGCGUUUGUGGAGUUGACUCUGUCCAAGAGUAUUCGCGAAGGCAUACAGCAUCUGAUCAGAAUCUCCGGAAUGGGAGCCAUGAAGCCGAAUACAAUUAUUCUUGGGUUUUAUGAUGAAGAAAUGUCAAAGGAUUUCUUUGAGCAUGAAAGUUCCCCAUACAAAACCAGUGAAUUCGAUGGCAAUGGAGUGAAACUGUUCCCAUAUAGACGUUCUGGCGAGCAGAAAGUGUUACUACCGACGGACUACGUUCAAAUAAUCGACGAUGUGUUGCGAAUGAAGAAAAACAUUUGUCUGUGCAGACAUUUUCAUGGGUUGGAUAAACAGAUGAUCGCCAAGAGUAAUCACAUCCGCUAUAUCGAUGUUUGGCCGGUGAAUAUUUUUGAACCCAAAAACGAGGAUCCGUUCGAUGUGGUAUCGUUGUUUAUGAUGCAGUUGGCCUGCAUUAUCAAUAUGCUGCCGGUCUGGAAGAAACUGGAGCUGAGAGUGUUUUUGUGUGAAACGGAAGCGCAACCGGAGCCCAGUAACUUUCAAAUGAACAGCACACCCUUCGAGCGACCGGCAGAGUACCGACUGAAUCAACUGUUGAAAUCAUUGAGGAUUUCCGCUUCGAUACAUCAGAUUCCGGAGUGGAAUAAGGACAUGGAUUUCCCCAUGCACAGGAAUAUUCUCAAGCAAUUUACCAGUAAAAGUGACAGUAACCAGGUGAUAACGGAGGAGAAUGUUAACCGUUCCAAACUGUUCAUGCAGAGAGUGAACCAAAUAAUUCGCGACAAAUCGAAUGCUACGGCGGUAACAUUCAUGUAUCUUCCCGAACCUCCCAAACUCUCCACGAUUGAUUACAAGGAAAAAUGUCACAACUAUCUGGAUCUGCUGACCGAGCUAACGUCCGAUCUGCCUCCGACCAUAUUGGUUCACGGAAUAAACGCCGUGACGUCCACCACACUGUAGAUCUCCUCAACGCUAACGAUAGGCGGGCAUUAGUCCUGAUGUGAUACCCAAGCUAUGCAUGUGUGAACCGUUAGACGAAUGCAAUAAUUUUGGUAGUACAGCUUAGAUAUUACAUAAAUGCUAUCGUGCUUGAUAUAUUGAAUACUGUAUUCUCGUUCCAGGGAAAAGAGUACAGUCCAUGGCUACUGAAACGUCUCUACACAGUAUCUUUCCCUUUACACACCUAUAUUAUGGUAUUCAUAAAUUAUUCGUUUGCCGAGGAGUACCAUUUACUACUAGUACAGAGCAUUGUUCUAUUCAUCAUGCUUAUAACAGAAAUACAAAUAGUUUCAAUUUUAGUUUUCUGACUCUUAUACAUGAUAUAUUUGGCAGAAUAUUGCAUUACGUUCGAUUACACUUUAGUAAAUUUAGUGAAAGCAUUCCUUUGUUUGUGACUAGAAACUGGCAAACGGUUAACACAGAGACAGAAGUAUAUUAGCGAGUAGAAAAAUGAGUGCUGUCGCUUAGAUGUAACGGAAUUAAGCAUGCAUUAUAGUAUUACAAGAAAACAUACCCCGAUUGUGAUCCGCAAAGAAAACUCAUCUUUCAGUGUAGUGUAUGAUCGAAUUAUAAAUUAAAAUUUAUAGAUGUGUAAUAUAUUUUACAAUGAAA